AUGAAUUACAUAAGAGAAAAGGUUUCUGGGAAAAAGAAACGUUUAAUAUAAGAGGGAUAUAAUCUUGAUCUAACUUAUGUUACAAAAAGAAUAAUUGCAAUGAGUUAUCCUGGAGAAGGAUUUGAAGGUUUCUAUAGAAAUCCAAUAGAUUAGGUUGGUGAAACCUUUAUUCUAAUUAGGUUGCUGCCUAUUUAAAUACACAACAUAAUUAAGACUAUAUGGUUUUCAAUUUAAGCUGUAGGAAAUAUGACUUUUCAAAAUUUAAAGGAAUAGUACAAGAUUGUUGGAUAUGGAAAGAUCAUCACUCACCUCCUUUAGAUCUUCUAUUUGAAAUCUGUGAUCUUAUACAUGGCUAUUUAAAAGGUUAGAUUUCUAUUUUGAUUAGGCGACAAAAUUAAUGUAGUAGUAAUACAUUGUCUUGCUGGUAAAGGUAGAACAGGCACUAUUAUUUGUUGUUAUUUACUAUAUACAGGGAAAUUCAAAAGUGUGAAAGAUGUGUUAUAUUAUUAUGGGAAAAAGAGAUUUGAGAAAGAGGGUUUAGGAGUUAAUUAACCUUGUUAAGUCAAAUAUGUAGAAUACUUCUAUAAACUUUUGACUAUGGAUUACGUAAUCUAUCCCACUGUUAUUACUCUUAAAAGAAUCAUAUUUUAAGGAAAGUAAGAUUUAUUUCAAUAUUAAAAUUACAGAGCUCCUGCAUUUAGAAUGAGGGGUGGUUGUAAACCAUAUAUGUAAGUGAUCUAAGUGAAAAAUGAUAAAGAAUUAUAUUCAACUUAAAAAGAAGCAAUAAAAUAUAAAGGAAUUUAGCAUGAUGUAUAUUUAUAAGUAUUUGUAAUUAGUUAUAACUGGAUAAACCAAUGCCUAUUUAUGGGGAUAUUUUAAUAAAGGUAUUUAAUGAGGGAAUGAUAAAAGCAGAAAAAAUGUUUAGACUAGCAUUCAAUACAGCAUUUAUAGAUGAUUCAUGUUAAGAGUAAUUAAUAAUUAUUUAUAAUUUAAGUUCAUUAUAAUUUUCAUUAUUAGAUUUGGAUCCAAGUCAAUUAAAUAAGGAUGAAAGAUUUGAUAAAAAUUUUUAAGUGAUUGUAUUUUUAUUGUUUAUAUUAGAUUAAUAGAUUAAAAUAGAGAGAUGUACAAAAUGUAACAAUCGAACAAGUUUUGAUAUGUUAUGUGAAAUUUGCAAAGCUUAUUUAUAAGAUGAAGAGAAAUAAUGGAUUAAAAUAAAUGCAUUAAUAAAAUAAUAUAAAGUACCUGAUGAUAAUUUGGCUACAGAAUUAUUAUUUAUAAAAAAAGAAUAUGAUGAUAUUGAUUAUGCAAUGUAAUUAAAAAGAAGUGAAAAAGAUGGUGAUCCUAAAGAUCUUUUAGAAUUUGAAGAGAGAAUAAGAGCAAAAACAAUUAUUUUUCCAUUAGAAUAAACAUAAUAAUAAUCAUAUAUUUAAUAAUGA